AUGCCAGAAGAUCCUCAAACAACACCACUGCCCCCCUCCACCCUCACAAAUGCGCCGCCAACCACCCCCGCAACCAACAAGCCAUCCGACUUCCCCCUCCCCAAGCUCCGCCUAGAGAUCCGCGAUCUCACCCAUGACGGCACAUCCCGCGUCCUGACGGCCCUCGACAUCUCCGACUGCAUCGCCACCGGCGUCCACAACGUCCUACGCCUCCUCUACACCUCGCCGUCGCACCCAUCCACCACCGCCCCAGGCACACGCUCAGUCACCUUCAUCUUCCGCAGCAUGGGCGGUGUCGCGCACACCAUCGGCAGUGACCUCGACUCUGAUCACAAAGAAGUCCACUUUAGUCUCGAUUACAUUCGCGACAUCUCCAACGACCGCGUCGCCCACGAGAUCACAGGCGUCGUCACCCACGAACUCGUCCACUGCUUCCAGUACAACGGCCACGGCACUUGUCCCGGCGGCCUCAUCGAAGGCAUCGCCGACUGGGUACGCCUCAACUGCGACUUGGCUCCGCCUCACUGGAAGAAAGAGACCUCGGAGAAAUGGGACGGCGGGUACCAGCACACGGCGUACUUUCUGCAGUACAUUGAGGGCUUGUUUGGCGACGGCUCGGUGCAGCGGAUUAACGAGAAGCUGCGCUUGGAGAAGUACGAGAACGACAGCUUCUGGACAGGCUUGUUUGGAGUCAGUGUAGAGGAGCUAUGGGAAGCAUAUAGCAGCACGUUGGAGCAAUGA